AUGGUUAUUCAUACACCUACUCCAGCAGCUCCACACACGUAUCAAACGAGAGCUAGAGGCAGAGGCAGAUUGUCAACAACGCCAACUGCAAGGAGCCCUGGCAAGACUUCUGAGGAUAGAAGCCCACCUGUGUUAUAUGCAGAAGGUGAUGAGAACUUGCUACAAGGUAUGAUUAGGUUAAGUGAUCCUGAGGCAGCAUCAGCUUUGGAGCAGUUACCAGAUGAGAUCAGUAAAUCUGGUCACAGGAGUGUUGAUAGGGGGCCACAUGGCAAGGAUUCUGCAAGUGGAGGCAGUGAAAAUGUUGAUAGGAUAAACAACAAAGGGUUUGGUGGUGCCAAACCUAAAAUAUCAGAUGUAUCAUUAGGACAGAAUCCCCCUAAUUUAGCUAAAAGUAGAGUAAAAAAUGCUGUAUAUUCCACAGGACUAGGGCAUAAGCAAAAUGUGAAUGUUUUACAAAAUAAGAUAGAAGAGCCAUUGCUGAUUUUUUGGAAGUUGGUUUCCACAACAGUAGAUCGAAACUUUAAAAUAACUACCUACAGAUACAUUACGAGUAGGACAUUUGCAAUGCAGAAUUCAAGCAAAAACUUGCACACUGACGAAAGAACAUUUGAAUGUCAUAUUUGCCAUCAGGAACAUCGGACAGAGAAGGAUUUGAAAAUUCACGUUAGACUACACACUCGCGAAAAGAGCUUCGAGUGUGACGUUUGCCAAAAGAAGUUUAGUCGAAAGGGAGGUUUAAAUACACACCUUAAUGUGCACACUGGCGAGAAACCCUUCGAAUGCGACAUUUGCCAUAAAAAGUUUGGGCGAAAAGGUAGUUUGAAAAUACACAUCAAUCUGCACUCUGGUGAGAAACCCUUUGAGUGCGAUAUUUGCCAUAAAGAGUUCAGGUACAAAGGUGCUUUCAAUACACAUUUCAAGAUGCACACUAGCGAAAAACCUUUCGAAUGUGACGUUUGUGAUAAAAAGUUCGGACGGAGAGGAACUUUGAAUAAACACCGUGAGGUGCACAGUGGCGAGAUACCGUUUGAGUGCGACUCUUGUCAUAAAACGUUUAGAGAAAGAAAAACUUUGUCAGAACACCUCAAUGUGCACACUAGUGAGACACCCUUCGAGUGCGACAUUUGUCCUAAGACGUUCGUACUGAAAAGAAGUUUGAAUGAACACCUCAAGGUACAUAAUGGGGAAAAACCCUUUGAGUGUGGUAUUUGCCACACAAGAUUUGGUAAAAAAAUUGUUUUGAAAGAACACCUUAUGGUGCACACAGGCGAAAAACCUUUCAAUUGUGACAUUUGCAAUAAGACGUUUAGGCAAAGAGGAGUUUUGAAUAAACACCUCCAAGUGCACACUGGCGAAACACCCUUCGAGUGUGACAUUUGCCUCAAAAGGUUCAAGUAUAGGAAAACUUUGAAGAGACACCUCAACCUGCACACUGCAGAAAAACUUUACGAGUGCGACAUUUGUAAUAUGGAGUUUAGGCGAAAAGAAAGUUUGAAAGGGCACCUCAAUGUACAUAAUGAGCAAAAACCCUUUGAGUGUAAUAUUUGCCACACGAAAUUUGGUCAAAAAAUGGUUUUGAAAGAACACCUUAUGGUGCACACUGGCGAAAAACCUUUCGAGUGCGACAUUUGCCAUGAGAGGUUUAGGCAAAGAGGAGUUUUGAAUAAACACCUCAAAGUGCACACUGGAGAAAAAUCCUUCGAGUGCUUCAUUUGCCAUGAAAAUUUCAGGCAUAGGGAAACGUUGAAGAGACACUUCAAUCUGCACACUGGCGAAAAACCCUUUGAGUGCGACAUUUGCCAUAUGAAGUUCAGGCAUAGGGUAACUUUGAAGAGACACCUCAAUCUUCACACUGGCGAAAAAACCUUCGAUUGCGACAUUUGCCAUGAGAAGUUCAGAGAAAAAGAAAUUAUGAAUGAACACCAUAUGGUGCACCAUAGUAUAAAAACCUUGAAGUGUGAAAUGGAUGAAAACUUCGAGGAAGAUAUUGGCAAAAUAGCAUUCGAAAGUCAUACUCGUGAUGAAAAAAUGUUCUCGACAAAAUGCUAUCUGAUUGGACACACCAAUAGUAGCAGACCAUCCGAAUCUGAGGUUGAUGAAUAUGGUGGUGGUUCAAUCGCAUCAGAAGAAGGCCAUUGCAAAACCAAUUUCACUGAAGAUGAGCAGUCCAAGAUAGAAAUCGAAUACAACGAACUUUCAUUGGACGCUGAAGAUAAUGUCGUUGAAAUAAAGAAAGAAAGCAUCUACAUUGAGUAAUAAGGUGAAUGGUGUAUGCUUCAAUAUGAUGCUUGUCUCUAUAAGGCAGGACCGCACGUUACCUCGAAUCAUGCAAAAAACACCUAGACGAGAACCCCAAAAUUUAAGGAAGUUUGAAUGAACACUGUGCUGUGAAAACCCUUUGGAAAGUGACAGUUUCCAUUAGGAAGUCAAGUGAAACCAUGGAUGAACAUCACGAGGUACACACUCCUGAAAAACCCUUCGAGUGUGACCUUUGCCACAGAAAGUUCAAGCAAAGGUGUGGAUUAAAUACACACCGAAGGUUGCACACUGGUGAAAAGCCCUUUGAGUGUGACAUCUGCCACACAAAGUUCAGGCUGAAAAGAAAUUUAACUGACCACCGUAUGGUGCACACUGGUGAAAAGCCAUUUGAGUGUGACUUUUGCUAUCAAAAGUUUAGGCGCUUCAAAACUUUGAGUGAACAUCGGAGAGUGCACAGUGGCGAAAAACCCUACAAAUGUGACAUUUGCAAUGCAACCUUCACGCAAAAAGGAAGUUUGAAUGCUCACCACCGUAAGGUCCAUGCUGCCAAAAAAUCCUUUGAGUGUGACAUUUGCCACAAAAACUUCCAACAACUGGAAACUUUGAAAGAUCACCGAGACACGCACACUGACCGUGAAAAAUUCCUGGAGUGUGACUUUUGCCAUAAAAAAUUCAAGCAUAGAGGCAAUCUGAAUGUACACCUCAAAGGUCACACUGGUGAGAAAUCUUUAGAGUGUGAAAUUUGCCUGAAAAAGUUUAGGCAGAGACGAAAUCUGAAUGAACAUCGUAUGAUGCACACCGACGAAAGGCCCUUCGAGUGUGAUAUUUGCAAUUCGAAAUUUAUGACGAAGAAUAGGUUGAAGACUCACCAUAAAAUGCACAUCCGCAAUGAAAACAAACACGUCAAAGUAGAAGCUGAAGAAAUACCAUCUGAAUGUCAUACUUCCGAUGAUACGAAACUUCACGAAGUACAUGCUGAAGGACCGACCAAAUGCGAGCCUGGUAACCAUGACAUUGAUUCUUUUCCAACAUCAGCAGAAUAUCUUGACACCGAUAUCAUUGAAGAUGAAUACAAUAUCAAAAUUGAACCCAUCAACGACCUACUUUUGGACGAAAGAAAUUUUAUCAUCGAAAUAAAGAAAGAAGAAGAUCGUUACUAGCAGUUGAGGUGAAUAGUCUGGGUGGUCACAAAAAAACCGGAAAUUUUUAUUUUCCUCGUGGUUUCAUAAUUUUUCAACAGAAUUUGAAUUUCUCGACGUCAUUUUGGAGCUUAAGGGCUAUAUUUGCAAUAUUUGAAAAUUCCUAAAUUGAAAAACAAAACAAAAUGGUGGCGUAUCUCAAACAUUGUUGAUUUACAAAAACCGCUAGCGAAUAAGAAAAUCAGCAUUUUUCUAACCUGUUCCGAUGUUAUUUUAGUUUUAAUUAUGGAAUUUUCAAAUUGUGCACUGUAUACUAUAGCCCAUUAGCUACAAAAUGACGUCAAGAAAUUCAAAUUCGGUUGAAAAAUGAUGAAACCACGAGGAAAAUAAUAUUGGGCGAAAGAAUAGGAUAGAAUAGAAUAUUUAUUCGUCCAAUAGACCAAUUUACAUUGGUAUAGGAAAAGAGAUCCAUAGAAAGAAAAAUAAGAACAUUAUUAUAUGAGCAGUUAUGAACAAUAGUCUAUAAGAUGCUUUAUUAUUCAUAUAUCUUCAAUAGUUCGAACUAUUGUAGAUAAUGAAUAAUAGAGAGUUGGAGUACACACUGUACGUUGACCUCCACGUAGACGUUAACGUACGGAAAAUAACGUUUACGGAUUAUCCUUAAACUCAGUUGUAGUCAAGUUGAAGUCAUCGUAACGUAAAAAUGAAUGUUUGUUUUCGGUUUUUAUUGGCACUUUCUGGUUGUUUGUUUCGAUCUGAACAUUAAUAUUCGUGUUCAAAUGAGUGAAAUCCUUGAAGAAGAACUUUUUGGGGAUCCAGGCUUCAAUAAUCUUGACUCAAUAGCAUAUUUUGGUUAACGUACGUUGAUAUUUGAGGUGUACAUGAAAGUACGCAAGAUUACGUACACCCGUAAGCCCACUACCAACACAAACGUGGAAAAACGAGAAAUGCGUAGCUGUGAAUUUCUACGUUUACAUUAACGUUCAUGGCAGAACUUCAACUCUCUAUAAUAAAAAUUGACAAUGUAUAGUAGAUUUUGUUGGAAGAUAUUUUUCUGUCACAUUAUUAUGGAGUAAAGAUCUAUAGUCUAUAGGUAUUAUACUUCAAUUAUUAUUUGUAUAUCUUUAUAAUUAGUUCAAAUAAUUAUGAUAAUA